AUGUCCAAAAGAAUCAGCACCUGCAUCUCUCAGUGUUCCGCAAAAAUGACAGAUAUUUUGUCAUGGAAAGCAAAACUGACAGAGAACAAAGUGGAGCUGACUCCUGUCUUGAUCAAAGGGUUCCAGGAUGAGCUUGACACCCGCAUGGCUGACAUCAAAAAUGUGAGAUUGGAGUUGGAGAGAAUUUUUGCUCUUCGGAUUGCUGACACUGCCAUCGACGAGGAACCUCCGAAAGCAAAGGCGAAGGCCAAGCAAAAGGCAGUGGAGCCGCCAGCGAUUCCAUCUCCUGAGGAGUUGCAGGGCAAUGGUAAUCCGUGA